AUGGAAGGACAAAGCACCAGUCACAGCAGAGAGAAACUGUACACAUGCAGUCACAAUGGGGAGAAACCAUGGAAAUGUGGAGACUGUGAGAAGGGAUUCAGUUACCCAUCUGAGCUGGAAACUCACCGGCGCAGUCACACAGGGGAAAGGCCAUUUACCUGUUCCAGGUGCAGGAAGGGAUUUACACGGUCAUCCAACUUACAUAGACACCAGAGAACUCACACUGCGGAGAAACUAUACAUAUAUUCUGUAGAGAGACCAUUCAGGUGUUCUCAGUGUGGGACUGGGUUCAAGACAUCAUCUGAUCUCACUGUACACCAGCGAGUUCACACUGGGGAGAGACCGUUCACCUGUCCUGAGUGUGGUAAGAGAUUCACUCAAUCAUCCAGCCUGCUGAUGCACCAGCGAAUUCACACCGGGGAGAGGCCAUUCACCUGCUCCGAGUGUGGGAAGGGAUUCACUCACCUUUUCUGCCUGCAGACACACCAGCGAGUUCACACUGGGGAGAGGCCGUUCACCUGCUCCGAGUGUGGGAAGGGAUUCACUCAGUCAUCCAGCCUGCUGACACACCAGCGAGUUCACACCGGGGAGAGGCCAUUCACCUGCUCUGAGUGUGGUAAAGGAUUCACUCAAUCAUCCACCCUGCUGACACAUCAGCGAGUGCACACUGGGGAGAGACCUUUUGCAUGUCCAGACUGCAAGAAGUGUUAUAAAAGUUCCAGUGAACUGUUGCGCCAUCAACGUCUUCACACUGAUGAGAAACCCUUCAGGUGCUCUCACUGUGGGACUGGGUUCAUACGAUCAUCUCAACUCACGUUACACCAGCGAAUUCACACUGGGGAGAGGCCAUUCACCUGCACUGAGUGUGGGAAGGGAUUCACUACCUCAUUCACACUACUUAGACACCAACGAGUUCAUGAGUAA